AUGUCUUCCCCUGGUUCUGAUCCACCGUCUGCUGACCCACCGUCCGCUGAUCCACCGUCUGAAGAGCCGACCUCGGUCGCCCCGGCGCCUCCAAUCGCCCCUGGUUCUAACCCCCCACCUGAUGACCCACCGUCUGAAGAGCCGACUUCGAUCGUCGUCACGCCUUCGGUUGACUCUCCAUGUAAAGGGGUGUCCUUGGCCGACCUUCCCGGGCCGGUGUCUUCGCCGUUGAGUGCUGCUGAAACUGUUGUCGUUCACAGCUCUCCUGUUUCCACCGCUUUGCCUCCUGCCGAGACAGCAGAUGCUCCUGUCACGCCGGCCCCCAUGGUUGACCAUCCGUCUUCCGUACCCGUCAACGUACGGGCAGCUCUGCAGGAACUGCAAGCUCUCGCGGACGCCCAUUCUCGUCGCAUAGAAGACUGCGAGGGUCGGCUAGGUGUCCUUCCCCCUUCGGCCACCUUGUUGGCCACUCGUUGUGAGCGGUUGAAGGAGACAUUGCGCGACAAUUCUCGGCUGGUGGCUCAACUCCGUGAAGCUCUCCAGCGCGAGAGUGCACUGGUGGACCGUCUGCGAUGGAAGGUCGACCACAUCCGAAGCCGGUACUCGCUUCUCUCCCCAGAGCUCGACCACGUCGACUUCUCUGACGGGCCACCUCCGGGACCAGCUACUCCUUCGGCAGCUUCGCCCCCGGCCGUAUGUUCCCCUUCGAGGCCGGCAAAAGCUCUUUGUAAACGUUCCCGGCGGCCGUCACCCCGGGUACCCGCCAAAGCCUCCAAGCUUCCGAGGCCCGACGCCUCUGCGAUACCGCUGUCGGCAGUCUCUGGUCGUCGUUCUCCUGUCGUGCUUAAGUCUUAG